CGCCAAGCCUGUGCGCCAUUUUGCUGUUGAAGCUGAAUUAGCGUGUCGUUGAAAUUUAUAAUCUAAUUAUAGUGGAAAAAAAAACUUUUCACUCCAAAAUGAGUUACGGAAGACCGCCGCCACGAAUCGAUGGCAUGGUUUCCCUAAAAGUAGAUAAUUUAACAUAUCGUACAACCCCGGAAGAUUUACGUCGAGUUUUCGAAAGGUGUGGUGAAGUAGGAGAUAUUUAUAUUCCUAGAGAUAGAUUCACCAGGGAGAGUAGAGGAUUUGCUUUCGUAAGGUUUUAUGACAAAAGGGACGCCGAAGAUGCAUUAGAUGCUAUGGAUGGAAGAAUGUUAGAUGGAAGGGAACUUAGAGUUCAAAUGGCCAGAUACGGUAGGCCCACUUCCCCUCAUCGAAGAUUCAGGGGACGUAGGAGGUCUCGUGGACGAAGAAGUCGUUCCAGGUCACGUGGACGCCGUUCUGUCAGUCGGAGUCGCUCUAGGUCCGAUAGUAAAAGUUCAAGAGGAAGAUCUCGAUCUAGGUCCAGAGAUAAUGAUAGGAGGCCAGCAGCUAGCAAAUCGAGGUCACGCUCCAGGUCUUAGAUUGACGCUGACGAUUUAAUGGCAGUAUGCUGUUUAAAUCAGGUAUAUUAUUUAGAUUUAAAAUAAAACACCCCAAGUUUCGGUGGUACAAAAUUACUACUUAUUUUGAUAUUAUCUGCUGAAACUUUUGGAAAUUCAUUUGUAACCUAUGACUGUAACCUAGAAUCUGUUUCAUUGUGUAUUUAUUUCUUAAAGUUGAAGCAUUUUCUUCUGAUUUCUUUGGAAUUUGGGUUCCACUUCCUAAGCCACCUUUUAGGUAACAUUCUCCAUUUAGAACAUUUAAUUGACUGACAUUUAAGUAUUGUGAAAAAUGUAUAUUAUUUGAUUCCAUAAAUCUUCCUUUCGA